AGCUGCAGCUGAAUCAGGGACAGAAAGCGACAACUCCACAGCUCGACAGGCUGCUCCUCUGAGCUCGACACGAUGCGAAGUUUGUUCUCAGUGACGUUGCUGCUGCUCCUGGCACUCACGCUUGCCGUCGACGCCAAUAAACGUGCCAAACAUCACAAAGGUGGAAAACAUGCUAAAUCCCAACCUUCCUCUGAGUGCUCUUCUGCAGAGACCCAGUAUGGGAAAUGUGUGCCAGAACAAGGAGACUGUGGGGACGGACUGAGAGAGGCCAUGUGCAACGAUCGCACCGAGAAGAUUAAGUGCAGGAUCCCCUGCAACUGGAAGAGGGACAUCAGUGACUGUAAGUACAAGUUCGGAGCGUGGAGUUCCUGCGAUGCUGCCACCAACACCAAGAGCCGGUCAGGAACCCUGAAGAGAGCUCUGUUCAAUGCCGAAUGUCAGACCACCGUCAAGGUCUCCAAGCCCUGCUCCCACAAAGUCAAGAAGACCAGAGGCGAGAAGAAAUCAAACUGAAGAAUGAAGAGUGAACCAGAAGACGACAGGAUUUCUCCUCCUCCACCAGCUCAACAAUCGUCUUCCCUUCUUCAAACAUAAAACCAGAGACUCCAAAACAAACUUCCUGUCCUCAAAUUGACCUCCCGUCUUACUCGCUGAUUCCUUAUUUGAUGUUUUCCUGUUUUUCCUUGGAUUUAAGCUUUAGUUGAUCAGAAUAACCUUUUUUCAGUAGCUAAUAGUGUAACGUUCCCAGACCCGUAGUCCUAAAAGCCUUUAGAGGAAAAAGAUGAUCCUCCAGAUUAGCCACAGUAUGAUGUUUCAGCAUCCGAAAUGAGGGAAAGUUUAUUUUUGGAAUUACAGAUUAUUGAUGAGACUUGUACAAAUGAACAAAUAAAUGCUGUACAUUGUUUUGGUGAAAA